CCCUUUGUGGGCCAGCCUACCUGGCAGCUACUGGCCCCACUUUUGGCCAGACAAGUUGAAACCCCACCAUGCAUCACCAUCCUCAUUCAACUCGGUGCAUGUCCAGCUUUACCGAGUCCUUGACGAAAACAAAGUUACAUCCAGUACCCUUGGGUCCUCAUAGUGAAAAGGGCUCGUAGCGUCUCUCGAUACUCACCAUGGCGGCCGACGAUCCCUUCGACUCCGCACUCGACCUCCUCCGCCGUCUCAACCCAAAGCACACCUCGGCGCACCUUAAUGCGCUAAUCACGCUUGCCCCAGAUCUCACUGAGGAUCUCCUCUCGUCCGUCGAUCAGCCGCUCGCCGUACGCCGCUGCCGUCAGACCGGACGCGACUACUUGCUCUGCGACUACAACCGCGACGGCGACAGCUAUCGAUCGCCAUGGAGCAAUGAAUUCGAUCCCCCGCUACAGGACGCCCCUGCCAGCGGCGACGAUGACCAGAGCAAUGCUGCAGGACUCCCGAGCGAAAAGGUCCGGCGUAUGGAGGUCAAGGCCAACGAGGCGUUUGACUUGUACAGGGAGCUGUACUACGAGGGUGGCGUCAGUAGUGUCUAUUUCUGGAACUUGGACGACGGGUUUGCAGGUGUUGUGCUAUUGAAGAAGGUGGCAACCCCUGGGUCCGGUAGUGAAGGGACCUGGGACUCGAUACACGUAUUCGAGGCCAUCGACCGGGCGCGGCUGACGCAGUACAAUCUGACGUCGACCGUGAUCCUCUCGCUCGCAACGGACUCGAGCACGCUCGGCGAGAUGGACCUCUCAGGUAACAUGACGCGGCAGAUCGAGAUCGAGCUGCCCGCUGAGAGCGAGGCACAGCAGAUCGCAAACAUCGGCAAGCUCGUCGAGGAUAUGGAGCUCAAGAUGCGCAACCUCCUACAGGAGGUGUACUUUGGUAAAGCGAAGGACGUGGUGGGUAAUUUGAGGAGUCUGGGAAGCCUGAGCGAGUCGGCGAGGGAUCAGGAGGCGCAGAGGGAUAUCAUGGCGAGUAUGAGACGAUGAGCAAUCUGAGCCCGCAUUUGUGUUUUUUACCUCGUGUGGAGAAAUAUUGGUUGCGCUUCAUGAGAUGAAACGACAUGCAAUGUGAACGAAUGAACUGGAACGAAAAGUAUAAGAACGAUAUCAUAUACAUUUGCUAUGAGGAAGGGGCAUGAGAGAAAACUAUUAAAGCUAUAUACAGCUACACAACUACCUACCUACAUUACCAGAUAUACCGCUACUUAGACAGCAGGCGUUUCGUUCAGAUAUUGCUGCAUACUGAAUCCUUCCUUCUCCAUUUAGCUCAGGGGGUUGGGGAUUGAUCACAAACUACAUUUGUCUAAGAUAGAAACAGACAUGGUAUAAAUUAUACUCUAACUUUAUGGCAUUGUAUCGCUAGUGAGCAAUUCGGAUUCAUUUAUGAAAUCUUUACUCCCGAAAUAUUGUUCUUAGAUACCUACAAAGUUGGGUACUUACUGAUUAUAACAUGUUGAUAGUUUGUAAGGUCAACAGAACAACAUGUGAUGCGUAGAUACUUAAUGUAUUAGUGUCGCGGUUUCGAGGCUCUGAUGAA